UCUCAUGCGCCGGGCGCGGUGGCGCCUCCCCGGAUCCCAGCCUCCCUCGGCUGCCUCGUCGCGAUCCUCCAGCUGAGAGUGCCGCUGCACCCACGGCCGGCGAUGCGGGGCGCCGGCGCGGCCACGCCGCGCUCUCCCGGGGGCUUAUGCGCCCUGGCGCUUGCGCUCCUAGGCGCGCUGUCCGCGGGCGCCGGGGCGCAGCCGUACCACGGCGAGAAGGGCAUCUCGGUGCCAGACCACGGCUUCUGCCAGCUCAUCUCCAUCCCGCUCUGCACGGACAUCGCUUACAACCAGACCAUCCUGCCCAACCUGCUGGGCCACACCAACCAAGAGGAUGCGGGCCUCGAGGUGCACCAGUUCUACCCGCUGGUGAAGGUGCAGUGCUCCCCGGAGCUGCGCUUCUUCCUGUGCUCAAUGUACGCGCCCGUGUGCACCGUGCUGGAUAAGGCCAUCCCGCCGUGCCGCUCCCUGUGCGAGCGCGCCCGCCAGGGCUGCGAGGCGCUCAUGAACAAGUUCGGCUUCCAGUGGCCAGAGCGGCUGCGCUGCGAGAACUUCCCGGUGCACGGCGCCGGCGAGAUCUGCGUGGGCCAGAACACGUCCGACGGCUCCGGGGGUCCGGGUGGCGGCCCCACGGCCUACCCCACCGCGCCCUACUUGCCCGACCUGCCCUUCACCGCGCUGCCCCCGGGGGCGGCUGAGAGCAGGGGCAGGUCCUCCUUUCCCUUCUCAUGCCCCCGGCAGCUCAAGGUCCCCCCCUACUUGGGCUACCGUUUCCUGGGCGAGCGCGACUGCGGCGCCCCGUGCGAGCCUGGCCGCGCCAACGGCCUCAUGUACUUUAAGGAGGAGGAGCGGCGCUUCGCCCGCCUCUGGGUAGGCGUGUGGUCGGUGCUGUGCUGCGCCUCCACGCUCUUCACGGUCCUCACCUACCUGGUGGAUAUGAGGCGCUUCAGCUACCCCGAGCGGCCCAUCAUCUUCCUGUCGGGCUGCUACUUCAUGGUGGCCGUGGCGCACGUGGCCGGCUUCCUGCUGGAGGACCGCGCAGUGUGCGUGGAGCGCUUCUCCGACGACGGCUACCGCACGGUGGCGCAGGGCACCAAGAAGGAGGGGUGCACCAUCCUCUUCAUGGUCCUCUACUUCUUCGGCAUGGCCAGCUCCAUCUGGUGGGUCAUCCUGUCGCUCACCUGGUUCCUGGCGGCCGGCAUGAAGUGGGGCCACGAGGCCAUCGAGGCCAACUCGCAGUACUUCCACCUGGCGGCGUGGGCGGUGCCCGCGGUCAAGACCAUCACCAUCCUGGCCAUGGGCCAGGUGGACGGGGACCUGCUCAGCGGGGUGUGCUACGUGGGCCUGUCCAGCGUGGACGCGCUGCGGGGCUUCGUGCUGGCGCCCCUGUUCGUCUACCUCUUCAUCGGCACGUCCUUCCUGCUGGCCGGCUUCGUGUCGCUCUUCCGCAUCCGCACCAUCAUGAAGCACGACGGCACCAAGACGGAGAAGCUGGAGAAGCUCAUGGUGCGCAUCGGCGUCUUCAGCGUGCUCUACACCGUGCCCGCCACCAUCGUGCUGGCCUGCUACUUCUACGAGCAGGCCUUCCGCGAACACUGGGAGCGCACCUGGCUGCUGCAGACCUGCAAGAGCUACGCGGUGCCCUGCCCGCCCGGCCACUUCCCGCCCAUGAGCCCCGACUUCACCGUCUUCAUGAUCAAGUACCUGAUGACCAUGAUCGUGGGCAUCACCACCGGCUUCUGGAUCUGGUCUGGCAAAACCCUACAGUCGUGGCGCCGCUUCUACCACAGACUCAGCCACAGCAGCAAGGGGGAGACUGCGGUGCUGUUUCCUGGCUUUUCACAAUACAGUUGCCUCAUUCUCAGGCGGCCCUGGAGACACAGCAGUAGCCUGGAUGCUGCUGUUUUUCUUCCCUUCCUCGGCUCUAAGGUUCUGCACUUCUAAAGCCCCACAGAAACAGUUCUGUUUUUGUUUUAAUUAACAGGCUCACACACACGGCUGGUGCGCUUCACAAAUACACAGAGUGCAAGCCAGCGACAGACGGUCCUCCCCAGGAGGAGGAAGUCACGCGGCUGCACUCUGUGCAGAGAGCAGCUCUAAGAUCCUCCUGGGUUUGAGCAUCACAAUGGGUGUGAGGUCACCUCACCUGGGAAGAUCUGGGCAUCCAGGAAGGCAAAAAAUAGCCACGUCUAGUCUCUUAAGGUUUAUCCAGUUUUUGUUCAUAAAAUGACAUCUUUUAGGUUAAAGCAUGCUUUUUUUUUUUUUUUAACACCACACUAAUAUGGCCUAUUAAGAAGAAUGUUUGCUUUUAGGGUAGGUGGAAGGCUCCCAACAGGGUUCUUUGCUCACAAAUUAACUGCUGCAGGCACUUAGACCCUUCUGCGGGGAGAGCUGCGUGACUGCUCCUGUAAAUGUGUCCCUUUCCUCUCCCAGCACCGCCUGGUCCGUCGGGGCUCUCAGAGAUGGAAGAGCAUCGGUCUUCAGUGAGGGAACAAAGACUGUGUAUGAAUAAAUUACUACCUGCUUUUUUGUAAGCAGAGAUAAAAGUGCUCGGUUUAAUUCCUUUCACGUUGUGGUUGUCCUUAAUGUAGUUCUUUUUUUCUUUCUAAGUAAUUUUUAUUUUUGAAAUAACGUUACUAUUUCAUUAUAUCCAUAUGGAAAAAAUGUAAAGACAAAAAUAUAAAGAAAAUUAAAAUUAUCCAGUAUACCCCCAAAAUACAAUAACAAAUGAUGAUUUUUUUUCUAGUCUUUUUUUUUUUUUUUGUGCAUUUACAAACACAUCAGCCAUGUGUGUGAGCCUGCUAAUUAGAAUUUUGAAACAAAAUUAGUACUGUAAAAUGCUUACAUACCCUUUUUUUCAUUUUAUAGUCUACAGCAACCAAUUCUUUAGGACAUUAAUUAAAUAGUAUAUAAAAACAUGAUCUUCAGUUGGCUGCUUCAUAAUCUAAUUAGAGCUAACCCAUCAUUUAUCCCCAAUUUUUGGAUAGUCAGUUGGUUUUGAAUAUUCGCUAUUAAAACUAACACUAUAUUAAACAUCUUUCUUUAUAUAUAGUUCUUUGGAUGCAUUUUUAAUUUUUUAAAGAUAAGAGGAGUAAAGUAACCUGCAUAACAAAGUGUAAGCAUUUUUAAGCCUUUUGAUUUUACCCAACUCUCUCCAGAAAGAUUGUACCGAUUUACAGUGAUACCAAUAGUUCGAGUUCCAUUUUGUCUUCAUAUUCCUUGGCAACAUAGGAAAUCGGAUGUCGCCUCCCACCCGUUAUCGUUAUGAGUUUAAUGAGGGAAGAGGGAUGGUGUGCUCUUGUCUUUUUUUCUAAGGUGUAGGGAUUUUUCCACAUGUUUACUGGAUGUUGGCUUUCCUCUGUUUUUUGAAGCAGUCCAUAUCUUUCAGAAGGCCUCUUCCACACUGGCCUGGUAUGGUCUGAUCACCUUUCUUCCUUAGCGGGCAGGGGCAUGAAAGAUUCUUCAUGUUUCUAAUCGAGCAGGAAUUUCCCAAAGGACUAGAAUGAGAAAGUCUUCUUAUCUUCUGGGCAGCCAUGCUAUUUUAACGUAAUAAAACAGAGAAAUGGGCCUUAUUCUUCAGGUUAGGGAGGGUUUCUGACCAUUCCAUGGACCCUAUCUGAGGUAUGGCAGUGAGGAGUAAAUCUUAUUAGCUUUUUCUUUUUUUCAGGGCCUUUAAAUCCUGGUCCCCUGAAACCACUUCUGAUCUUUCCAGCAAUGGUAAUCUGUUGUCAUGGCGAUACUUGCUUCGCAAAGUCCAGCCUCUUUAGCAGGAAGCACCUCUGGAACUGUGGUCAUGUGGAUGACAUCCGCCCCCCAUGUGUGACACAUGGAGCUUUCUGUCCGUGAACUAAAACGAGUCCUACAGUUGUGAGCGUUGUCCCUUUUGAGUGGCACCUGAGUCCUAGCUUCUUAGCCGCCUCUGUGAGGACCUCUCGUAGCGGGCAGAGUGGCUCAGUCUCUGGGGUAGGGCACACGCCUCUGGCACAGGAAUGACUCCCAUCACAGGAGGUCGGAGGCCUCAUGGUGGUCCUGGGAUGAACUGGCCAAUAAUACCACCGGCUGACUCUCUUCCCUCAAGGAACCACAAGCUGUGGUCACUGUGACAUGAGAACAGCCUCCUCCUUCAGAGCCCAGAUGUUCGCCUGAUGACUUUUGAAGGCAUGGUGGUAGGCUGCCUCCCAUGCCUGGCAAAGAGGAUGCAAUCAGCAGUCUCUAUCUUCCCCAAAAUUAAGGCAUCAGAAGGCUCACCAAAUGGACUGUGCACACAUUUCUCGGUUCUUCCUUCUAAGAUUUCUGGAUCAUCCAGGCCUGUUCCACCAAUUAUUCAAAUCUUCACAGCUUGGA